AUAUAUGUGUGUGUGUGUGCUGUGUGUCACUCCUCAAGCACCUGGCCUUGACACAAAAAUGGAGUUCACUUCCCCACAAAUCAUAGCAAUUUCAGGCCUUCUAGGCUUUCUUCUAUUGUUGUUGUCGUCAUGGAAGCAAAGAAGCAAAAACAAGGCAAACUUAGCACCAGAACCAGCCGGUGCUUUACCAAUAAUUGGUCAUCUCCAUCUGCUGAACCAACCAACCACACUUGCCCGAACCAUGUCAUCGUUGGCUGAUAAAUAUGGAUCGAUCUUCAUGGUCCGGCUAGGGAUGCAACGAGCCCUGGUGAUCAGCGACGCGGAGGCGGUGAAGGAGUGUUUCACUACUAAUGACAAAGCUUUUGCUUCAAGACCAAGUACUAGUCAAGGCAAGUACCUUGCCUCCGACCACAAGGCUUUUGCCUUUGCCCCGUAUGGGAACUACUGGCGCGAUACGCGCAAACUAGCCGUGCUUAAACUCCUCUCGGUGCAAAGCCUCAAGACAUUAAGGCACCAUCAAGCAUCCGAGGUGAAUGCAUUAAUGAGUGAUCUUCACUUUGUGUGCACAAACAAUGGUGGUGCUGCUGCAGCUGGUACUAAGGUUAAGAUGAACGAGUGGCUCGAGCGGACGACCUUCAAUGUCAUUACUAAAAUCAUUUCGGGGAAGCGAUAUUUCGGAUUGAACAACAACGAAGAGGCUCGACGCGUCGGGAAGAUCAUCAAGGAAUUCAUGUUCAUUGUAGGAUCUCUUGUUCCGUCCGAUUUCAUCCCGUUUCUUGGUUUGAUUGAUUUCCUGACACCCCAAGUGAAAAGCAUGAAGCGUAUUGCGAACGAGCUGGACUCUCUAAUCUUGAAUUGGAUUAGAGAGCAUGAACUACAGAGGCGUAAGGGAACCCGGGAUCCAAGCAAAAACCAGGAUUUCAUUGAUGUGAUGCUAUCAGAAAUUAAGGAUGAUUCCACCUAUGGCUUUUCGCGAGAACUUGUUAUCCUAGCAACAUCUAAGAAUUUGAUCUUGGGAGGAAGCGAAAGCACUUCGAACGCAUUGACAUGGGCGUUGUCCAACAUCCUGAACAAUAAAAACAUGCUGAAACUUGCACAAGAAGAGCUGGACUCGAAGGUUGGCAGGGACAGAUGGGUUGAUGAGUCUGAUCUCGAGAGCUUAGUCUACGUCGAUGCAAUCUCCAAGGAGACACUCCGCCUGUACCCUCCUGCCCCGAUGUCAUUCCCACACGAGUCCAUGGAAGACUGUACCAUCGGAGGCUACCACAUUCCAAAGGGAACUCGGCUGAUGGUGAACGUCUGGAAGUUACAGCGAGACCCGAAAAUCUGGUCGAAUCCAGAGGUGUUUAUGCCGGAGAGGUUUCUUACAACCUAUUCAAAUGUCGAUGUUUACGGUCAGCAAUUCGAGUAUCAGCCAUUUGGGUCGGGGAGACGGUCGUGCCCAGGGACUCUAUUUGCAAUGCAGGUUAUGAACCUGACGCUGGCUCGUUUGAUUCAGGGAUUUGAUUUGAAAACACCAUCAGAUGGUCCAGUGGAUAUGAGUGAAGGACCAAGUAUUAGCCUCCCCAGAGCAACUCCUCUUGAAGUUGUUGUCAAACCAAGACUUUCUCCUGAGCUCUACAAAAUGCUCAACUAAUAGUAUUCUAUUUGAUGUCAAAAUGUUAUUUUAAGAGUACCUAUGUUUUUCCUCAAGUACAAGAGUUGAUUGGUGUUCUAUAUUUUCUAAUUAAGUGUGUUAUUUAAUAAUGAAAGGAAAAUGUUAUUUGUCCCAA